AUGGAAAAGGAACAUCCCGGUCAACGCCUCAUUUUGAUUGAUCGGAGUAACAUUGUUAAUGCAACAAAUAAGUCUCGGUGGAUUCUAUACUACCCACUUCACACCGAUGAUUCAAGAAUCAUGGGUUAUCGCUACAAUCGUAAGAAUUCGAUUAUACUGGAAAACGAUGAAGUACUUCGUAUUGAAUGGUUUUGUUUAAUGAAACAAAGCGCAAGAGUAUUAAUGCCGAAGAGCUUAUUACUGCAGCAGUACAUCUUCUGUGCUCGGUCAAUUGAUCCGCACAGAUACCUCGAGAAGAAAUAG